CUGUAGACCAGACUGGACUUGAUCUCACAGAGGUCUGCCUCCCUCUGCCUCUUGAGUGCUGGAAUUAAAGGUGUGCUCCACCAUUGCCCAGCCCUCCUACGAACUUCUGAGUACGACAGAAUUAGAUACAGAUGCUCCAACCUGUUUACCAUCGCCUUCCUCACCUACUCCAAAGUUCUCUUAGACAAGAGCCUUGGCCCAGUGCCCUCCCCACCCCACCCCCACUAAUUUUGCAUGCACUCAUAUGACAGAGGCAACAGCAUUUUGUCUGGUUUAAGCAGGUGAGCUCUUCAAACCCAGGCCAUGCGCAAGUAUGAAGCCUGAUUACAGAACGAUAGCCACAAGAGAGUUGACCAAGAGAUCUGUGGCCUACCACACUAGGUCUACAGCCCUGAAGAAGAGGAUGUAUCUGAGGAGGAUGAGCACACCAUCCUUCCAGAAGAAGAGGAGGAGGAGGCUUUCUUCCCAGGCCCUGGGGAACAUUGUGGGCUGCAGAAUUUCCCAUGGAUUGAAGGAACGUGAUGAGCCUGUCACCCAAUGGAAGGCCAUCAUUCUAGAUCAACUGCCAACAAAUCCCUCUCUCUAUCUGGUCAAGUAUGAUGGAAUUGACUGUGUCUAUGGACUUGACCUUCACAGCUUAAGAUUUUAAAGCUUAAGGUAUUGCCUCACCAGUAGUGUUUCCUCAAGUGAAAGACACCCAUCUCACAAGUGCCAUGGAUACCCAAGCUGUGGAGCAUAAAUUAGAGGGCAAACAUGGCUCUAAGGACAACUGGAGAGGGGUGGUCCUAGCCCAGGUGCCGAUCAUGAAGGACUGGUUUUACAUCACCUACGAGAAAGAUCCAGUCCUAUACAUCUACCAGCUCCUGGAUGAUUACACAGAAGGUAACCUCCGUAUCAUUCCAGAGACUCCUCCAGCAGAGGUGAAGUCAGACGUUGACAGCGACAUCUUAACAGGUCAAUGUGUGCAGUUCACCAGAAGCGACGGGUCCAAAAAGAUCGGCAAAGUCAUUUACCAAGUUCCAGCCAAGCCUUCCAUGUACUUCAUCAAGUGUGAUGGCGACAUCCACAUCUAUGUCUUUAAUCUGAUGGACAAGAUCUGUUAAGGUGCCAAAGGGCCUUUGACAACCCCAGUAUCUUUUCCAGUGGAAUUUGUUUUUGCUCUAAAAAUUAAAAUGUGCGAUGU